AUGCCCCAUGCAGCCCCAACGGUGACAUUGGCGAUGACGACCCCCCGAAUCGAGCCGAUCUCUCCAGUGAGCACCGCUCCUUCAGAGUUUGGUACCUCGAGCCUGCGACCGUGGAUCAUACCGGUGAUUCUGCCCAGCUUCUUGCAGGGCAAGGAAACCUUUGUGAUGCCCAUGUUGCCGAUCUUCGUCGUUGAGCUCGGGGGCUCCCAUGGCAUGGCUGGAACCGUUUCCUCUUCCUUUGCCUUGACACAGCUGGUCACCUCAAUCCCUGUGGGCGUGAUCCUGCAGCGCUUUCAGUACUCCUUGGCAGCAUGCCUUGCACUCUCCUGGAUGGCCACCACGUCGGUCCUUUCUUUCGAGUCGCAGUCCGUGUACAUGCUGCUUGCGGUCCGGCUAGUGGGCGGCGUUGGCGGCACCGUCUUUGACAUUUCUCGGAAAGCCUACACAAGUGCAGAAGUGCCUUCCAGAAUCCGAGGCCGGAUCAUUGCCUCUCUUGCAAGCAUUCAGAAGUGGUCGGAGAUGAUCGCAGCCCUCCUGAGCGGUGCUGUGGCUCAACAUAUCGCCACACGGGGCAUCUUCCUCGUUCAGGCUCUCUUAGACCUCAGUGCCUUGUUUCUCAUUGCCUGCCACAGCUUGUGCCGACAAAGUCGCCGAGCGCCUGACAGCGAGCGUAGCGAAGAUUUGCAGAGAGGGAACUCGGCCCAGAUUCCCGGGGUCGGUCUGGGUGUGGUGCUGCAAGAGCACUGGCGCGCUCUGGCCGGGGCCGGAGUUUUCUGCACUCUUCUGUCAGGAAUACGAAGCACUUGGGUGGUUGCCUUGCCCCUGUGUGGGCACUAUGUAGGUCUGAGCAAGGUGGCAAUCGGCUGUGCCCUCGCGGUGCAGAGGGCCUGCGAAGCCACUGUGACGGCGCUGCUCGCAGGGCAUAUGAUGGACGAGUAUGGUCUCAAGGCAGUCGCUGUGCCCUCCCUGAUCUUGAUCUCCGCAGCCUUCGCGCUACUCUCUGCUGGCCAAGAGACUCAGAUCCUCGGUUUGGCGGCCUUCGUCUUCAGCGUGGGAAAUGGCAUGUGUGGCGGCAUUCUCAACACUUUCGCAACGAGCCUGGCUCCCCCAGAGGCUCGAACCCAAUUCCUCGGCUUGUUCAAGACAGUCACGGCUGUUGGUGGGAUCUUACUGCCUCCGCUCUUUGGCUACGUGGUGCAGUAUCCCACUGGCGAACGCGGGCGUCCAGACUUGCCGCCAGAGGCAGACCGUUGGCGAACUGGAGGCGCCAUGGGAGGCAUCAUUGCGGUGUCCUACGAAGCUCGUGCGAAGGGCGUCACCAGAACGAUGUCGGGUGCCGAAGCCCGCAAGGCCUGCCCGGAGAUUAUCUUGGUGCAGGUGCCGACGGCCUUCGGGAAAGCCGACCUCCGCAUCUACAAGGCCUAUGCCGUCGGACGAAACACCUAUGGAUUAUCCGUGGGCUACAACAAGCGAAUCGCCGCAUGCAAGAUCGAGAGGCAGUGGGAGCUAGCCUUGCACCUGCUCGCCGACGUGCAGGCAAAGAGUUUGCAGGCCACGGUUGUCACGUUCGGCGCGGCCAUCAGCGUCUGUGAGAAGGCAUGUCAGUGGCAGCAGGCCCUCUGGCUCUUGGCCGCCAUCGAGAUGUGUCGGCUGCAGGCGAACGUCAUCACUUGCAGUGCAGCGGCCAGUGCCUGUGCGAAGGCUGCGGAGUGGCAAACUGCCCUGCUCUUGAUCGUCGCUGUGCAGCAGCUGCGUCUGGGAGUGGAUCUGAUCCUCUGCAGCGCGGCAAUCACCGCCUGCGAGAAGGCUUCGGAGUGGGUGGCAGCUUUGCAGCUUCUCUCGGAGCUCGACGAACGGCAGCUGUCUCCAGACAUCGUGGCCACGAGUGCGAGCAUCAGCGCCUGCGCCGGAGCUGGGCGCUGGCAAGAGGCCUUGAGCCUUCUUGCCUCUUUGCCGGCGCUGCGGGUGCGGGCGAAUGCAUUUGCCGUGAGUGCAGCUGCCACAGCCUGUGAGACAAGUGCGAGGUGGCAGGAGGCCCUGCUGCUGCUCGAAAGCUUGGAUCACCACCAAGUAGAGCCAGACGUCGUGGCUUUCAGUGCCAUCCUCAGCGCUUGCGAGAAGAGCGCGGAGUGGCAGCGGGCACUUCACCUGCUUGACCUGAUCCGAGUGCGACGGCUGCAGCCGGCAGAUGUCACCUACGGUGCAGCCAUCAGUGCUUGUGAGAAAGGGGGCCAGUGGCAGCGAGCGCUGACCCUGCUUCAGGAGAUGGCCCAAGGUCACUGGGGACCGAGCCUAAUUGCCUGCAGCGCCGCCAUCUCCGCUUGCGAGAAAGCGGGACGGUGGGAGAUGGCGCUGGCCUUGCUACAAGACAUGGAGCAGAGCGACAUCCAGGUCGAUGUGAUCGCCUUCAACGCCGCCAUCAGCAGCUGCGAGAAAGCUUCCGUCUGGGAGUGGGCCUUGGUGCUGCUUGGGCUCGUGGAGGGACGGAGCCUGGAGCCACAUGAGAUCACGUUCAACGCGGCCAUCAGCGCCUGCGAGAAGCGGCGUGAGUGGGUCUGGGCGUUCGAGCUGCUGCGUGAGGCCCAAGCGCGACUGGUACGACUCAGCGCUGUGUCCUUCAAUGCUGCCAUGGGCGCUUGCAACUCCAUCGCGGCUUGGCAGCAAGCGCUGGUCCUUCUCGCGGCCUUGUGCCGGAGCGACAUCCGCGAGGACAUCGUGUCCUACAACGUGGCCAUCUCGGUGUGCGAGAAGACUGGGCAAUGGCAGCUGGCCCUCCAGUUGCUGGAGCAGGCUGCCUGCAGCAAGCUGCAGCCAGAUGGCAUCACCUACCUCGCAGCAUCCAGCGCCUGCGAGAAGGUCACUGAGCAGCUUUUUGGCCUUGGUUCGCAGCAAAAGGAUGCGCGUUGGGCCGCGGCUCUGUGGCUUCUCACAGCUGCGCGCGUGGCCCGCGCGGCUGUGGACCCGUUGCUGUUCAACUCGGCAGCUUCCGCUUGCGGCCGCGCCAGCGAGUGGCAGCCGGCGCUGGCUGUGCUCGACGAGUUGCUUCUGUCGCGCAUGGGCCCGGACACUCUGGCCGUGGCCUUUGCCCUGGAGUCCUGCGUUCUGUCUGGAAAAUGCCGCCGUGCGUGUGAGCUGCUUGUUGAGGUGGAGCUUUCCUUGGAGCUCCUGCGACGUGGUGGAAGUGCCCGAACUUAG